GCUUCUAAUUAAACCUGUUGGACUACAACCUGGUGUGUGAUUUUUUUAAUUUGGGGGAGAAAGGUUCGGUCCCAGACACAGUUGGGGCGGGAGUGAGCUGGAGGCGAAGCUGGAUGAUCAAAGCCAUUUCCCUGCUCUGUCUGUCACUCAGUUUCCUCUCCGGACCCGCCUCUCACUCUGCCAGUUCUUUCUCAGUCAGGUCGGGCCGACCUGUAUAAAAAAGGAAGGGGAGGAAGCUCGGCUCUCAUUCAACAGCAGUGGAGUGAAGAAGAGUGAUGUCUGGAAGAGGUAAGGGAGGUAAAGGCCUGGGAAAAGGCGGAGCGAAGCGACACCGCAAAGUGCUCCGUGAUAACAUCCAGGGCAUCACGAAACCAGCCAUCCGGCGCCUGGCUCGCCGUGGCGGGGUCAAGCGCAUCUCGGGCUUGAUCUACGAGGAGACUCGCGGGGUGCUGAAGGUUUUCCUGGAGAAUGUGAUCAGGGAUGCGGUCACCUACACUGAGCACGCCAAGCGCAAGACAGUCACCGCCAUGGAUGUGGUGUACGCUCUGAAACGCCAGGGCCGCACUCUCUAUGGAUUUGGCGGCUGAGAAUAAAAUGAUCCUUUUCCAGCGAACCCAAAGGCUCUUUUCAGAGCCACCCAAACUCUCCGAUAGAGAGCGUAGACCUGAGAACGGGGAAGGCAGAACGUAGCGAAAGGGUAGUAUACUGUUGUUCGUUAUUUUACAUUUAUCGCGAUUUUAAAAUUUGAAUUGCGAAAAUAUACUGAUGCCGUGUUCUGCAGAGAGCAUUCGGAGUGGACGGUCCACUUUGUUGCUGUUUACGGUAGCCAAUGAUUUAAUGAUUGCAACUAUUCCUACACUGUAGAUAAUAGGCUAUUUGUCUAAUCAAGACUACUGUAAUCUGGUUAUUCCAUGUAAACAAUCCCAUCGUGACUUUUAAGAUGCAGAAACAUUAGGCCAUUCUGCCCAUCAAGCUUGUAUGCCAUUCGAUCCUGGUCGAUUUUUCUCACUUAUUCUUGUGCCUGCUCCCCGUAACCUUCGAUCCACUUUCUCGUGAAUACCUGUCUAUCCCAGUAAUAAUAUCAACGUAGAACCCAGGCAUUAAUGUUACAUAUUGCAGUAUUCAUAUUUUCGUGGUAUCAUACGCUACUCAGUUUUGUUUCUGGGAGCCUACGGAUGUCUUAAUGGUGCGUUCAAUAUAUUGAUAAAAGUGUGGUUCUGUAAUCAUAGAUUGCAGAAUUUAAAAAUAAGUGUGAUCUUAACAUCAAAUUUUGGUAUUGGGUUAGAUAUUUCUGGAAAAAAAACCAUCGAAUGGACUCCCUUUGCGUUAACAUGGCUUGUGGUGAGGUGGAGGCAGGAGAGAUAAGGAAAAAAUGGCGCCAAGAGACCAACGACUUAUUUUCAAAGUUAAAAAUGCCCGCCCUCACGUAUAAAAGGGCAGCAAGUUUUACAGAGGAGAAUAUGAGCACGUACACGUUGAUUGCUUUUUCGAUUACGAAAUUACAGUGUCGACAAUUUUACUUUACCCCAUUCUCGCCUUUAAAGCUGAAAAAUGCCUCACUGGUGUUCACUCUGCUCUCUCUCUCCCCCCCUCCAGAGGCAGGGAAUAAAAGACCUUAAUAUGAACCGAGCAGAGAAUAAAGCGCAGAGUCAGGGACCGUUCCUUGCUGUAUCCUGCAGCGGCUGACCCAUUACUGCACUGGGUCAACACACCUCUUCCUACUGCACUUAAAAGGAAAUGUGAGGUCAAACCCGAUCGCGGACGUUCAUGCCACCAUUCUUCAACUGAAGACAGAGAUCACUCAGGCAGCGACCGUUCAAUAAGAAAUCCUCUGGUUCAGGACACUGAUACAAAUGCAUUUUAUGAUAAAUUCUUUCUCUGAUCACAGUAUCCAAUUAAAUGGAGCGUGGAAUUCAUUGAUAUCCGAUACAAAGGCGAGAGCUCUCCCCAUUAAAAGUAAACUAAUCAAUCCAGAGAGUUUAGCUCCUUUCACAGAUGCUGUGAGUGGCUCUUAAAAGAGCCUUUGGGUUAUCAGAUUCAAGAAUGGUCCCUUCACUUUUUAGCAGAUCCAGCAGCGGCGGUUUUCUUGGGCAGCAGCACGGCCUGGAUAUUAGGCAGCACCCCGCCCUGAGCGAUGGUCACCCCUCCCAGCAGCUUGUUGAGCUCCUCGUCGUUGCGCACGGCCAGCUGCAGGUGCCUGGGGAUGAUGCGGGUCUUCUUGUUGUCCCGGGCCGCGUUGCCGGCCAGCUCCAGGAUUUCAGCCGUCAGAUACUCCAGCACCGCAGACAGAUAGACCGGCGCUCCGGCACCCACACGCUCAGCAUAGUUACCCUUUCUCAGGAGUCUGUGAACACGGCCCACCGGGAACUGCAGGCCAGCCCGGGACGACCGAGACUUCGCC